AUGCCUAUUGACUACUCUAAGUGGGACAAGAUACAACUUUCUGAUGACUCUGACAUCGAAGUUCAUCCUAAUGUCGAUAAAAGGUCAUUCAUUAGGUGGAAGCAGCAAAGUAUCCAUGAAGAAAGAGCUAAGAGGAACCAGGAUAUCAAGAACCUGGAGUUCCAACUUGAGAUGAACUCCAGACUCAAUCAGAGGGUCGACAAGAUGUUGAGACAAUUGAAUGAUCAAGAUCUGUUGAACAGAGAUACUAUACAAAAGUUUCUGAAUGCCAAUUUCGACAAAAAUGAACGUGGUGAAGGUGACAAUGUCGAUCCCGAUAUGCCACCCUACAACGAGAUGGUGGAGGAUUUGUUCGACCAAUUGGAAACCAACGCCAAGAGGGCUAACAAAGACCCCAAAAACGGAGCCGUUAUUCGCGAGAUGAUCUUGGAACACCGUAAGAAGAUCGAUGCAGUGAGCCAACAGGCCCAGGAGAAAUUGAAACAGCUAUACAAGGAAAGAACAUCGCUCAUAUCUUCUGAUGAUAUUCAUACCGGUUUUGAUAAAGGGUUCAUCAACAAAAAAUCGGAAAAGGACGAGGAAGCGAGCAAAUACUUGCCUGCAGGCAAGAGUACAGAAGUCUCACUUCCUCCUCCACGUCUCGAAUUUGUUAACUACGAAGACGACGUUAUGAAGCUUGCGCCAGAAACUAUCGAAUUCGGGAAUAUAUCGGUCAAAGAUGUCAAAAAAUCAGAGCAGUUUCUACUUAAUAACUUACAGAUCAUAUCAGAGCAACAGAAAGACGCUUUGAUGAUGUCAGCGUUCGAAUAUCAGAUGGAAGGCAGAAGUGACAAGACUUAUCAAGUAAUCCACCAGUCAGAACUUCUGGGCUACGUCAGGGAAAUGUACGAUAUGAAAAAAAUUCCUCAUUUGCAGGCUGAAGAACUGAUCGGUGUAAUAAAGCUAUUUUUCCAAAGAGUGUUCUUUAACAAAGCAAGUGACCAGGGUAAAAAAGGAUUUCUGGACUCUGUGCAAGUGAAGUUUGAGCACAUCAAAAAUCGUGUCAAAGUCAUGCAAGAAGAAGAGUCACAAGAGGGUGUAGAGACCAUCCAGCUGAAAUCUCUAGAUGAGUCCACAGAGCUUCAGGUCAAUCUACCGCACUUUGGAUCAAAGGAUCCUGAGGAAAUGAAGAGGAUAGCUGCAUUCGAAAAAUUACCUUUAACAAUGCAAAAUGCGAUCAAGACCCAAAGUCUGGACAAAAUUAACGAAGUUUUUGCCGAGAUGCCAGUUGAAGAAGCGGAAGCCAUUUUGGAAAUAUUUAACGAGGGAGGAAUCAUCGGAGUAAAUGCCUUAUUGGAAGAUGAAAGCGAAUUUAGAGAAUUGCAAGCACAAUAUCGCGACCAUCCUUCGGCCGAGGAGAGUGACCAGGGUAGCGUUUUAGAGCACAAUAAUGAGGUUAACGCGGACUUCAGUACUUCUGAUGUCGUUGAUUGA